UUAUUUACAUAUAUAAAUGCCGCUUGAUAAUGUGGUGUUAACAACAACGGACGAUCUGUUUAUACCAGGCUUGGUACAUCAGGUUUUUAACAAGUAUAAACGCGAUAAUGGUAUAAUUUUAACUAAAGCAGAGGAGCGUUCGCAGCUAUUUUCAGAGUUGAGCGCUUUAUUGGGAGAAGGACUUCUACAGCGCGCACUACAUAUACUUGAUGAGUGGAACUUCAUCACCUACUACACAUCAGACCGCUAUCGCUGUAUAGUGGAACUGACUAGCAAGCGAAACUUGGCGCAAGUUGUGCGCGUUGUGCCUUAUGUUAAUUAUUGCAAGUGCCGCUACUUCCAACGUUUUGUGUUGCAAUUGAAAGAAGCAGGAGAGAAAGAAAACCGAGAGCAGAACCUGAACAGCAAUCAAGUUUCCUUCACGUGUGAGCACGUAUUGGCGCAGUGUUUGAAUCAGCUAUUACAUCCCGAGCCACGGACACAGAUCUUGACGCUUGAUCAGUUUAGGUAUUUUCAAAUUGAUAUCUAUGAGGAUUGAUGCAGCAUUCGAAAGUGCUGUACGAGAAAGGCAUUAUUAAAAACCGUAAAAUGUUAACACAAUCACAAUAUGAAAACUAUAA